AACAUCAAUAAAAUCAUGAACUUCACACACAAUGAGCAGAUACCAAUCAAUAGAAUAAAUAUUAAUUACAUGUACUAUGCAGGUACCAAACUAUAUUUAAUUCAGUUUAAUUUUAAACUUUCGCCAUGAAUCUGGAGCGCAUAAUACGCGUAACUAGUGGUUAUUUAUUUCUAACCGGUUACCAAAUACGUUGGUACGAUCGAAAAUCAUUACAUUAUCGCAUAACAAUAUGUGGAAUUUUAUAUUUCCUAAUACUGAUCCUUAUAUAUCUGAUCUGUUUCUGUCAUCAUUUCGAAAAUUCGGGAAUGCUUAAAAUGUUAUUGGAUAUGUCAGUAUUUUUAAAGGAUUUAGUACGUUUGCAAGUGUUACUAGGACUUAAAGUCUUCAUAUUUUGCCUGCUGGAAUGGAAGAGUUUAAAUAAAAUUUGCAAUGGUUUGAUACAGAUUUGCAGGGUAACUUUAAAACGUCAAAAUUCCUUUGAUCUUUCCGAAGCUAUUGUCUAUCUAAUGUUUUUCUCUACGUUAAUAGUGGGCUUAAUAUUUGCUUUAUAUAUAGCAAUAGAGCUCAAAUUUGAACUACCACCUUUGGAUCAUAUAAUGAUAGGUAUGGCUUUAUUUAUACCACAUUUUACUUUGGCCAGUUCUUUGCGCCUCUAUGCCUUAGGUUUAUGGUGUAUUAAAGGGGAAAUAUAUGAUUUAAGUAAAAUGUUAAAAGAACAAGAUAUUGAUAAUGUUGCGGAAAGCAAAUCAGCAGUUGUGGUAGUGGAAAUUGUUAAUCCAGUUUUUAAUCAAAAUUCUGAAAAUGCUAACAUACAGGGAUUUUACGCGAAAUUUUCGCAGCGCUUGGAUUGUAUAGCAGAUUUUCUAAAAGUGUUUGAUGGCACUUUACAGCGUCAACUGGGUGUUUUGUUGGGUUUAAAUUUUAAUUGCUUCUUGGCUGGCGCUUAUGGUCAUGUUUAUUUUGAAAACUUCUGGAAGGUUUUGUUUAUUGAUCGUAAUCGUCGUAUUUUUUAUGCUGCCAACACCGCCAUAUUCGUUUGUAUUCUAAUGGAUUAUGCGAUUUUGUUAAUAACGAGCUGGAGUUUUGAUAGAGCGAAACAAAAUCUCUACAAUACAAUCGUAGGGCGUUUAUAUGGAAAUAAACCAUUUGCCGGUGAAAUCAGAACAAUUUUAAAAUACAUUAAACAUAAAUUGUCGAAAAACUUUAAAUUGAAGCUAUUUGGUUUAGUGGAAUUUAAUAUAUGGAAUUUUUUAAUACUUCAAGGUUUAAUGAGUACAAUAAUUGCUUUAAUAGUAUCCCAUCAAUAUUUAAAUGAUGAAAUUAAAGCACUUAAUGAACGUUUUGAUAAUAAUGAUUCUGAUGAAAUAUAAUUUUAAGCUAAAUAA